GCGGCGCGGCCGAGCGUGACGGGGAGGGCGGGAGCGAGCGGAGCCCGCAGCGAGCAGCGCCCGGGCCGCCGCCGCCUCCGCCUGCGCAGCGCCCGCACCGACCCCGCAGCGCCAUGGCGGCCGCGGCCGCCGAGCCCAGCACCGGCCGCUACCAGCAGCUGCAGAAUGAAGAGGAGCCGGGCGAGGCCGUGCCGGUGGUGAACGACGCCCCUCCGCCCUACAGCAGCAUUUCUGCAGAGAACACAGCUUACUUUGACUACAAGGACGAGUCAGGGUUCCCGAAGCCGCCGUCCUACAACGUGGCCACCACUCUGCCCAGCUACGACGAGGCCGAGAGGAGCAAGGCUGAGGCCACCAUUCCCUUGGUUCCUGGCAGGGAUGAUGACUUUGUGACACGGGAUGACUUUGAUGACACUGACCAGCUGAGGAUAGGAAAUGAUGGCAUUUUCAUGCUGACUUUCUUCAUGGCAUUCCUCUUCAACUGGAUUGGAUUUUUCCUGUCUUUCUGUCUGACUACUUCAGCUGCAGGACGAUAUGGGGCCAUUUCUGGCUUUGGUCUGUCUCUCAUUAAGUGGAUCCUUAUUGUCAGGUUCUCCACCUAUUUUCCUGGUUACUUUGAUGGCCAGUACUGGCUUUGGUGGGUCUUCCUUGUACUAGGUUUUCUGCUGUUUCUCAGAGGAUUUAUUAAUUAUGCAAAGGUUAGGAAGAUGCCAGAUACGUUUUCCACUCUUCCCAGAACCAGAGUUCUCUUUAUUUACUAAAGCAGAUGUUUUCUGGCAAACGUCUUCCUGCAUUAGUGAAAUCCCCCCCAAGAAGCAGCAGGACACCUGCAGGAAGUGAAUCAAGGCUCUGGAGCAGAAGAAAAAAUAAUCACCUGCUUUAAAAUAAAUAAAUAAAAGUACUGUUGGAAAAAGAACAAAAAAAAAAAAAAAAA